CUGGGUCUUCUACCCCGCCCCGGAACCCCAUAGCGGGUCCCCCCGGCUGGCCUUGUCGGAGCCCCGGCUCUUCCCUUCUUCUCCUUUCUCCUCUAAACCCUAAACCACACACGCCUUCCAGCUCCCGCCGCCCCUUUCCCCUCCUGCACAACCCCCCUUCGAGGCGGCGGCGGCGCCGGCAUGGGCGCCCUCUCGGCGUCGACGACCUCGGCGAACUGGCCUGUCGAGGAUGACAUCCUCCUCAAGAACGCCGUUGAGACUGGUGCCUCAUUGGAGUCCUUAGCGAAAGGAGCUGUAUGUUUUUCCCGUAAAUUCACUCUUCAAGAAAUACAGGAUCAUUGGAAUUCAUUGCUAUAUGACCCAGAGAUUUCAACACAAGCUUCUUCUCGGAUGGCUGAGUAUGAGAAUGAACUUUCCACUUACGAUCCGGCCAAGGCACAUAAACUUUUCAACUCAAAAGCAAAAGAUUUUUCAUUUCAGAAGCGGAAAAUAGACAGUGUAAAGAAUCUAUAUUAUGCAAUGAGAAAGAGAAUCUGCAAUGAUCCAUGUAACACUGCUGACCUUGGAUUUCUUAUUGCCCCUUGUUCAUGUAUAGCUACUGGCAGCGAGUGUGUCUGUGGAGACCUAGCUAAGCUUUCGCAAGGCCAUCAUGUCAUUAAUAAUAUUGAACCAGGGCUGAGUUCAGUGAGUCGUUAUGGCCAUGUGGGUGCAAGCUACAAUGGUGGACAUGUGUAUCCUGAAAUGAAUGGACAUACUUUCCAUGCAAAGCAUACUGAGAGCAUGGUAAGAGAUGGGGAUGCCACCAAUAACGUCCCGUAUGGCUACUCAGAUGUAGAUCAAAUAUAUGAACAUCAUGCCUACGCAGCAAAGAAUCAUGGGAGUAGUGAAGGGAACAAUGUUUCUCUUAAGGGUAUCACAGGUUUUCAGGAUUCUAUGCAAUUUCAGCAAUUGGACAGCAAUCAAUGUGGUAAUGGAGUGGCAGAAUCAAAGGCGUUGGUGAUCCCUAACCAAGUUAGAGUUGAACACAGCCAUUUCAAUGGAAGUGUGCAAGAACCUAUCUCUCUCCAAGUGAUUGGUCAACCUGAGGGUUCUCAAGCACCUGGUGGUGCAAUCUGGAGCGAGGUUCAGGAAAGAGGUACACUCACUCGUGUUGAUGAUAAGAAAAUGAAGUCAGAAAACAGGGACCCUCUCAUGUUUCAAGCAAAUUUAGAUGGUGGGAUUUGCACAACAGAAAGUGAUUUCAUAGAUUUUCCAUUUUUCAGUAACGGUGAAGAAUUUGAUAUCCUGAAUGGUGAAAUUUUUUUGAAUUCUCCAAGCGAGGCAAAUCAAGAGGAUUUAGAUGAUCCUGCCUCCAAAUUUGUUCCUGGGGUGAGAUCAAUCAUGCAAGAUCUGGCGCACCCCAAUGAGGUCAAUUUGUCCUGUGAUCACAUAGAUCCUGACCAUGUGAAAAGUAAUGUAGUAGAUGUUUCUGGUAUAAUCUUGGUUCCUACUUCAUUAGAAGUGCCCUGUCCUGGUCGGUAUGUUGAGUGCAAAUUGAAUACAGAAGAUCCUGAAAUCCCUUGCAAUGACGAUGUUGUUACGCAUGGCGAGUAUCCCCUUGAAUGCUGUACUUCUACUUUUGGCCAGAAGUCCGAGAAUACUAUCUGUCCGGUCUCCCCUGCAACCAGCCCUCCAUCAAAUGCUGAACAUUCCAAAGCAAGUGACAUAGCCCUAAUAAAGGGGGAAGAUAUGGCAAAUGUCCAACCUUCAUCACAAACAAUGAAGCUUAGCCCAUCCACUUCAGAACAAAAAGAAGGUUCAGUGGCACUUAAUAAAGGUGGCGUCCUAGGAGCUAAGCCGUCGGAAGGCCCUUCAACAGAAGCAGUCUUUUUGACUGGUAACAUUGACACAAAUAAUGCAACCACGUGCAUGCUAGCUUUGCCCUCUUUUAGCGCUGCAGGAUUUGGUGAAGGAUCACCUUGUAGCUUAGGACAACGUGAGAGUUUUGAUAGCACUCAUGGUUUGACUUUGCAAAAUUCAGUUCAAGUUCCUGAUCAGAUGCAAUACAACUCACAUGAUAGUCGACCAGAAUUAGGUGAUGAGGCUGCUUUACAGAACUGUAUGCCAUCAAAUGCACUGCCAGAUUUGGGUAUUCAAGACCCCGUUGCAACUGUGCCAACACCAGCUCAAGCAGAAGAAUGCUCUGACAAUGAAAACAAUGUUCCAAACUACUAUGAUCUAGAAGCUUUGAUUCUUGACCAGGAUCUAAUCCCGUGGGAUCAAGACUCUGAUUUGAUACAUCCUGAAGUUACCAGAUUUCAGCAACCGGAAAGCAGGAAAUCAUUGAUAAGAUUGGAGCAGGGUGCUCGGUCUUAUAUGAACAGAGCUAUCCUGUCUCAUGGUGCCUUUGCAGUUAUCUAUGGAUUGCACUUGAAAUACUACAUAAAGGAUCCUGAGGUUACUCUUGGAAGAGAGACAGAAGAUGUAAAAGUUGACAUUGAUUUGGGAAAAGAGGGGAGGGCAAAUAAAAUAUCUCGCCGACAGGCGGUUAUCAAGAUGGAUGAAGAUGGGUCUUUCCAUAUUAAGAACAUUGGAAAAUGUCCAAUCUUUGUUAAUAGCAAGGAAAUACCAAGCUGCAAACGCAUCAACUUAAGCUCUGACUCAUUAAUUGAGAUAAAGGACAUGAGGUUUAUUUUUCAUGUAAAUCAGGAUGCUGUGAGGCAAUUCAUUGCUCGUGACCUCAAGCCAGAACGCUAGUUUCAUUUGCGUUUUGAGUCACACGCUGUGAGUGAGCAGCUCAUUAGGAACGAUAGUAGCAGCUAAUGUUGAGUGAGCAGCGCUCAUUUAGGAUGUUCAUGUAAUCAUGUGAUCAUGUAAGUUAGUCUGACUUGGGUCCCUCCAACCUGUGUCUGUAGCCUGUAAAGGAUGUAAUGCCAUGUGUUCUUUCAUUAUGUGCCGUUCAUGUCCAGCAUUAUUUAUUUCAUUCUGUAUUGAUACUCCCAGUGUCCCAGUCAUAUUUUCAUUUGAAAAUUGGCACUAGAUUAUGGUGAGUGCCAAGAGCCAACCAUCGCGGAAAGUGCAAAAAGAAAAAAGAAGG